AUGCUUGACCAUUACACCUACAUCUUUGCCAUUGGCACCUUUUUCGCCCUCCUCGAUGCCUUCAACAACGGAGCCAACGAUGUUGCCAACGCUUGGGCUACCAGUGUUUCCUCCCGAUCCAUCUCAUACCGACAAGCCAUGAUUCUUGGUUUGGUCUUCGAAAUGCUUGGUGCCAUCACCGUUGGUGCACGAACAGCCGACACCAUCAAGAACGGAAUCAUUCCAGUCGCAGCCUUCAAGGGUAACGCCGGCGUCCAGAUGUUGGCUUUCACCUGUGCUCUCGCAGCCGCAUCUUCUUGGGUCAUGUGGUGCACUCGACACUCUGCUCACGUCUCUUCCACCUACUCGCUUAUCUCGGCCGUCGCUGGUGUCGGUGUUGCAACCGUCGGAGCCUCCAAGGUGCAAUGGGGUUGGAACAACGGAAAGGGUCUUGGAGCUAUCUUUGCUGGUCUCGGAAUGGCCCCAAUGAUCUCGGCCGGUUUCGCCGCAACCAUUUUCAUGCUCAUCAAGCUGGUCGUGCAUAUGCGCAAGAAGCCAAUCAAGUGGGCUGUCUACACCUCACCUUUCUUUUUCCUUAUCGCUGGAACCGUCUGUACUCUUUCCAUCGUCUACAAGGGCUCGCCUAAGCUUGGUCUCAACAAGAAGCCUGGAUGGUAUGUGGCUAGUGUCACCGUCGGAUGCGGUGCAGGUCUUGCUGUCUUGUCUGCUAUCUUCUUCGUCCCAUAUGUCCACGCAAAGGUGGUCCGAAAAGAUGCCGGUGUUAAGUGGUGGAUGUUCAUCAUGGGCCCAGCACUUUUCAAACGACCAGCUCCAGAAGUUGCCGACCAAAAGGCCGUUCCAAACUACGCUGUUGUUCAACACGACGAGCCUCAACAAGUUCAUACACCAAAUGCCGAAUCUGUGAAUGACAGCGACCUUGACAUCAAGAAGGUUGACGCCUCAGUCGCAGUUGACAGCGAGAAAGGCCAUGGAUCCGUCAACCAAUUGACUUACCAGGAGCUUGUUGCCGCCGGUCAAGAAAGAAUGCACGCCAAACUCCGAACCAAGCGCGGUCCUCUCGGCUGGGCUAUGCGAUAUCUUCACAACAACCCUAUCGGUCCUGGACGCCCUUACGAGAUUAAGAACGUCAAGAUCAUGGCUGGUCGUCUUCCAGCGAUGAUUGUUGUCGGUGCUCUCUACGGUCUUCACUACGACAUUCACGCUGCCCAAACUGGUAUUGAAGGGACUCCAGAGGGAGCUCGUAUGGCCGGUGUUUACGCCCACGCUGAGAAAUACCCUAACGAGGUCGAACACACCUAUUCUUUCGUCCAAAUUCUCACCGCUUGCACUGCUUCAUUCGCUCACGGUGCUAACGAUGUCGGUAACUCUGUCGGUCCAUGGGCUGUCAUCUACGGUGCAUGGAACACUGGAAAGGCUGCUCAAUCCAAGGCCCCAGUCCCAUUGUGGCAACUUGCUGUCCUUUCUCUCACCAUCUCCCUUGGUUUCAUUCUUUACGGUUACAACAUCAUGAAGGUCAUGGGUAACAAGAUCACCUACCACUCCCCAAGCAGAGGUUGCUCCAUGGAAAUGGGAGCCGCCAUCACCGUCCUCGUCUUCUCCCAAUUCUCCCUCCCAGUCUCCACCUCCAUGUGCAUCACCGGUGCCACCGUCGGAGUCGGUCUCUGCAACGGAACCCUUAAAGCCGUCAACUUCCAACGUGUCGGUCUCUUGCUCCUCUCCUGGAUCGCCACCAUUCCUAUCGCAGGAACCCUCGGAGGUGUUCUCAUGGGUCUCUUCCUCAACGCUCCUCACUUCUAA